GUCACUGUCAGUGUAGGUACACUUGUGCAGCAAUGCGUGCCGGAUGUCUGGAGCAGAUGGUCUUUUGAAAGCAGCUUUCAAAGCUUGUCCAGUGCAUGCUUUUGUUGGGAGAGACGUUUCCAGGCUUGAGGCAGAGAAUUGACGCAGGUGGAAUGGAGGAACCCACUCAGAGUCAUUCGCGCGAGGUCGAUGGGAUUAAACAGCUGGCCAAGGCCGCUUCUCUGAGGCUGAGGCCGCUGAAGACCGGCGAGAAUCGUACAGAGCCUGGCCCUGCAGUGAAGUUUACGCCUGCUGAUGACGAGCCUACGAGCCCUGUGACGCCUGUCGGGCAAGCCUUCUCGCAGCCGGACAUGAAUGUUGUGAUUCUGUGCGUUGUGGGACUGGCGGAGAAACCGGGGUUGCAGCACAUGCAGGAGUUUUUGCGGGGGACGCUGGUGAAGCACAGGCGCUUCCACAGUAUCAUGAAGCCGGGCGGCCGCUUCCGCGCCCCCGAGUGGUGCCCCGUGGAAGUGGACCUCUCUCGCCACGUCUUCGAAGCCCCCUCGGAGGUCGGCCUCGCUGACCCCUCCGUCGACCCCGCAGAGCACUACACCGCAAAGCUGGCCACGACGCACCCCCUCGACCCCCGCUACCCUCUUUGGCAAGCGCACCUGCUAACGCACCCCCCCGGAGCGCGCCGUCCCGCCAGCCUAGUUCUCAGGAUCCACCAUAGCCUGGGCGACGGCACAUCACUUAUCGCGCUCCUGAUUGCCGCCACACGCCAGUCCGGGGAUGCGCGGGCGCUCCCCUCGAUCCCGGGGGCCAACCCCCGGCCCGCUGCGCAGAAGAGCGACGCCCCCCUCGUGAUGAGACUGCUCCGGGCACUGCUGAGGUUUCUAAUUAUCUUCUGGAACUCGCUUGUGCUCAUCUGGCGGUUCGUGGCGAUGACGGCCGUAGUGCGCGACUCGGAGACCCCCGUGAAAGCGAGAGACGGGAUGCAGCACUGCGAGAAGGUGCUCGCGAGCAGUUGCGAAGUGGCGUUGGCGGACGUGAAGGCGGUGGCGCGGGCUGUGGGGGGGGGCGCAACCGCAAAUGAUGUGUUGGUGGCGUGCCUAGGGGGGGGGCUCAACAGGUAUUUCAAGGCGCGAGAGACCAACGACGACCCGGCUGACGUCACCGCUGACGUCGACGGCCUCGCCGCCCGCGCACAGGCCCUCUCCGACCGCCUCGCCUCGCGCCUUCCCUCGGAAGCCCUUCCCACCGAUUCGGGGGAGCCUGACGGAGAGCUUCCGAGCAGCAGUUACAGCCCCUCGAAACAGGGGGACGAAAAGCCCGCCGAGGAGGGGGGGGGAGAGACGCGAAAACGGUGGUACGUGCCUAAGAGGUUGCGAGUGCGAGCUUUGGCGCUCGUGAACAUUCGGAAGUCCCCCGGGGUGCAGGAGUUAGACGCGAUGAUGCGGGGCGGGUCGCAGGCGCGGUGGGGGAACGAGAUGGGGUAUGUCAUGCUGCCCCUGCCGGUGGACCAGGUCCGCGACCCGUUGGUGCGUGUCCGGAUGGUGCGACGCGAGACGGCGAUGGCAAAGAACUCCAUCGAGGCGUGGUUCACGGCGUGGAACGGCGUCCAGAUCCUAAACAGUUUCGGCCCCUCGGCGGCCGUUUUCGCGACCAAACGUACGAUCGUCCAAACGUCCAUUUCGCUGUCUAACGUGGUAGGCCCUGCCGAGCCCGUGACGCUGGCGGGCGUCCCUGUGACCACGCUCACGCCCACAGUGGUGGGCACGUCACAAGGCCUCAUCGUUCAUUUUGUUAGCUACCGGGGCAAGGUCAAGUUCAUCGCGUGUUCGAUCAAGGAGGUUGUUCCAGAUCCGGAAGUGCUUUGCCAGUUUUGCGUUGAUGCUCUUGAGGAGAUGCUGGAGAGAAUCUCUUUCAAAAAGUUGGCGUAGAGUGAUCGUGGACACGGAAGGGAGAAGGCGACGGAAUGAAUUGGAGCUUCAGUGGACCCAGUCCGAGUUCGCAAAUAGGCGGAUCUUUUGGCAGCGUUACAUGGUUCUUAUGAAGUCAUAAAAAUCCGCACAGC